GGCAUCUUGUCACCAUGGCGUCUAUGGUGGCAUUCCUGGCUGUGGCGGUGGCGAUCCUGGCCGCCUCGCUUCUUCUCCUCUCCAGGCGGCGAACCCAUCUCCCUCCGGGGCCAAGGGGCUUCCCACUCCUCGGCAAUCUCCUCCAGAUGCGAUCGGUGCUGGGGAGCCCCAUGAAUCUCCAAAAUCUGGCCCGGCAGCACGGCGCGAUCAUGACACUUCGCGUUGGAUCGGUGCCCCUGGUGGUAAUCUCGAGCUCGCAGCUCGCGCACGAGGCCCUGAUCGAGAAGGGCUCCAUUUUCUCGUCGCGGCCAUCCUUGUCCGAGCGGCAGGUCCGGCUGAGCAACUACCGCCGCAGUAUCAACGCGGCGCCCUAUGGUCAUCACUGGCGUACCGUGCGGCGCAACAUGGUAAGCCACGUCUUGAGCCCACACCGCGUCCACGCCUUUGAGCCCGCCAGGCAGCGCGUUAUCAGUGAGCUCGUGGAGAAGCUUCGCCAGACGUCACAACGGGCGGACAGCCCGGACGGCCCAUCGUACCGCACGGUAGACAAGGAGUACAGCGCGGAUAGUCCGGUGUACCGCGCGGUAGAUAAGGAGUGCCGCGCGGACAGCAGCGCGGUACCGGUUCUUGCAACGCUCAGGUUCACCGUCUUCUCGCUUCUUUCCUACAUGUGCUUUGGGCAGUGGCUGGACAAGGAUGCCGUGAAUGGUGUGGAACGAAUGCUGCGGCACUUGAUCACCAGUGCUGGACGCGGUGGGAGGAUGAGCGACUUUGUCCCGCUUCUCAAGAUUGUCCAGCGAUCGCCGAGGGAUUUGAAGCUGGAGGAACUCGUCGGAGAGAGGAGGGAGCUCCUGCUGCCUCUGAUCCAAAGGGCCAAGCUCCUGGCAGCCGAGGACAAGCUCGAUCAAAACUCCUACCUGAGCUCGCUGUUCUCGCUCCAGCGGCAAGAGGAUCAUCAGCUCAAGCUCACGGACGAGGACUUGAUCGUGCUGUGCUCCGAGUUUCUCAACGCCGGAGCCGACACCACCGCCAACACUCUCGAGUGGUCGCUCGCCAACGUGAUCAAGCACCCGGCCGUCCAGAAGAAGCUCCUGGAGGAGAUCCAUUCCAGCGUUGGAGAUAAGCCAGUGACCGAGAAAGACAUCGACAAGCUCGUCUACCUCAAGGCCGUCGUCAAGGAAACUCUACGCAAGCAUCCACCGGGCUACACCACUCUUCCUCACGCAGUGACCGAGCCUUGCAAGCUCGGAGGCUACGAUAUCCCGGUCCAUGCAACGCUGCUCUUCAACAUCUACGCCAUCAACAACGAUCCGGAGCUGUGGACGAAUCCUGACGAGUACAAGCCCGAGAGGUUUCUCGAGGGGCCGGGUGCCAGUGCCGACUUCACGGCCUCGUCCGGGGCGCUAAACUUGAUCCCGUUUGGAGCCGGGCGGAGGAUCUGUCCCGGGCUCGGCCUAGCGACUCUCCACGUCCAUCUCGUCCUUGCUCGUCUCGUGCAAGAGUUCGAGUGGAACACAGUGCCCGGCGAGACAGCAGUGGAUCUAACUCCCAUACAAGAGUUUACUGUGGUGAUGAAACAACCACUGAGAGCAACUCUCAAAGCUAGAAGACUGUGAAGAAACAUGUAUAUAGUAAGUGCUUCCUAUGUUUUAUAGUAUGUAGGUUUUAAAUUUCAGAUCAUACUUCAAGGUUUCUCAUU